AUGAUGUCUUUGCAAGGUAAGAAACUGCAAACGAAGUCAACAAAUCAAAAGAAAGACGGCAAAACCAAAGAAGAAACAGCUGAAAAAGUCAAAGCAAUUCGUGAAAAACAAAGUCUGUGGAUGAAGGAAAGAGAAGCUUCUAAGUCAUCUUCCACAAAAUUGAAGUCUUUGAGCAAAGAUAUUACUGCACUGCCAGAUGUCCCAAAGUUUCGAGCCCGUUCGAGUUUGUCUAGUGGUUCAUCGUCUGAAAAAGCUGUCAAUAGAAAUCCAUACAGUAAUCCACGAAGGAAACCUUUGUAUCCCGAGCCACAGAGAGAUCAUUCAGAUGUAGUUCCAUGGAUAUCCAAGGGUGAUAACCCUGUUUCUAGGAAACAGAGACCUCCUUCUGCCUCAGGUAGUCACAAAAGAAACCCAAGCUUAAAUCAUACGGAAGACAGCAGUGACCAUCACAUGCAGUAUGCUCCAUCGAAUUAUGCAAACUCGAAUUCUUCUGGGUCUUUAAAUAGCACAGCUCUCACUACUAGUCAACAGACUCUCCAUAACAGGCAAAGGCCAUCAUCACGAACUUCCUUAAAAUCUGAUACAAGUUGUCAAGUUGGUGAUCAAAUUGAUAGGGACAUAUAUAAUGAUGAAUCAUCAGAUAGGAACAGAAAAAUUUAUGGAAAUACAGCCACUAAUUCCUUUAGUGAUACUGUAAUUAACACUCAAAACAAGGAUAGUCUUUUAAGCACUUCUUCUGAGAAACACAAGACUCCAGAGUUAUCUGCUGAUAUGCUCAAUGCGUUAGCAGAUACUGUUGCAGAGAGGUUAAAAGUGUCAUUGCAACCUAGUGUCAGUCAUAAACAACAGCAAAAGAAUACCCAGGAAAAUAAUGAAUCAGGUAUUGCCAGCCACUCUUGUCCACUCUGUGAAAAACUAAUGAGUGGUCCAAGACACACACCCAUGGCUGCAAUACCUUGCGGACACACUUUUUGCCAGGCAUGUUUACGUGAUUGCAAGAAAUGCCCAACAUGUCAGACUGUUGUUAAGUCUACUGCAGUAAACACUGUAAUUCAGCAAAUAAUAUCUGACUUCAAAAUGCAGAAGGAGAAGGAGAGACUUCAAAAGCUGGAAGAGCAAACAAGACAAUAUGUAGAAGAAUACCAAUCUCUUACUCUUAGAUGUAAUGCAUUGAAUGGUAAGGAUAAAAUCAGGCUAUGGAGUAUGAGCCAUUUCUCUGUCUCACUUCUAAAUGGUUUUCCCAGCUCCAAGGAUACGGGGGUUUAAUUAAUCUUUUCCAUAAGCAGCUAUCAAUGGUUUAAUUGGUGGCUGUGCCAUAAGGCAAAAUCCAAAUGUAAGACCCUGUUUGCUUACUAAACUGAGGGCAAUGAGGAGUCUUUCAGGCAACAGUAGACCACUGGUCACCAGUUGUUGUGAAACCCCUGAUGAUAUUAGAGCAAGAAAAUUGCUCUCCCAUCAGAUCAGCUGAAUAGUAAAAAAUACUGGUUCAAUGUUGGUAUCUGAGCGACAGUGAACCUACCCCUCCCCUGAUGCAACAUUAGCCUGAACAUGUGAACAUCAUGAAACUAAAAUAUUCAUGAAACUAAAAGGAAACUAAAAGGGGGAAGAAUUGUUGAGUGAAACUCUUUAUCACCUUUAGGUGAGGCUGAGAGCAUUCUUGGGACCAUGGAAGAAGUAACGGAACAGCUCCUGGAUGAAAAGAAACUGAUCAAGAAACUAGAAAUGGAUGAAAGUGAACUGCGACAGAAAAUAAACCGUCUGCAAACUGAACUUGAUGGCAUUAAGAUUAAAGAAGAAGAUUGUAAGGAAAGAUGCCAAGAUUUGGAGCAAAGAUACAAUGAAGAGAAAGAAAGGUUGUCCAUGGUUGAAGACACUGUACAAAGAAUUAAACAGAGUAAAGAACGGAUUAAAAUGAUGGUGCAUAACUUUGCUCCAGCGUUAAACCUUGAUGAUUAUGAUUAGUGUCUAAGCAUUGAUAACAAUGUUGCAAUUGUGGUUGCUUUUUGUAUCCAUAUGUCAAAACAUUGUUGCUUCUUAGAUUGCUACACCUAUGGGAAAAUUAACCUUUUACAUCCCUAUGUCAGUAUGCAUAUUCUCCAUACGGUUCUCUAUACAUGAUCUAAGGUGCUGAUAGAGAGAAUUUGUUUAACAAUCAAGAGCUUCUUUGGUUGAUGAUCAUUUCUUUUAUUCUUGGGACUUAAAUGUUGGAUUCAUGAGUGGUAUUGUAAUGAGAAAUUGGAUGCUAGUCACUCUUAGCCCUUUACACCCUAAAAUCAGUAUGCAUAUUCUCCAUACUGCUCUUUAUACAUUUCCUAAGCUGCUGACAAGGAGAAUUUGUUUACCAAUCAAAAGCUUCUUUUGUUGGUGUUCAUUUCCUUUAUUCUCAUGACCUUAACAAGUGAUUUAGGGGUGAUAUUGUGUGGAGAAAUUUGAUGCCAGUCACUCUUAGUGGUUAAAGUGUUUAGUGUUAAAGGGUUCACUGCUACACUUGUAAUUAGGAAAUUCGAUAUGUACAUAUUUAUGUAAGAACUUUUUUUUUUUAUCAUAGGUAGUCACAUCCUUUACUAUUCUUAACCCAAAUGUACUAAUGUGAUGUUCAAUAUUUUACAUAUUUAUUAACCCUUUCACUCCCAAGAUCUGAUUAGUAAUUCUCCUUACUAUCUGCC